AUGAUCUUUUCUAAUGGGUUGUUUCUGCUAUUUCUCUGUCUAUAUAAGAUUUCUGUAAUCUCAACUGCAAACGAUGAAUUUCCCAAUUUUCCGCCUAAAACAGGAGAUGAAACUGAAAAAGUGACCCUAAACGAAAUACAUUUGGCGCAUCUGUUGCUGGAUAAAAUGUCUAUUGAUAAAUAUAGCCCAGACGUAGUAAAAUCUAUUGAAAUGACGCAAUCUAAGAAAGAAGAGCUGAUGCGUGUAAUAAAGGGAAAUUUUCUCAUUAAAGAGAUUUCGAACGCGUACAAACCAGCUUUUACUGAAAGAGAAUUUUCGAUUCAAAACAGUCUUGUAGAUAAAAGGAUUGUUCGUGCUCAUGGUAAGAGUAAAAAUAUGAUAUUUAUGGAAUAUGUAAAAGGUUGCGAUUUAUUUAAUAAGCCUCAAUCUUGGAGAGACAAUUUAAACAUAUUCGCUUAUAUUUUCAAAGAAAUUGCUGAAGGUGUUAAAUUUAUGCAUCAAAAUGGGAUUGUGCAUGGGGACUUGAAGCCUGAAAAUAUUUUGGUAUCAAAAAAAGGGGAUGUUAAAAUCGCAGAUUUUGGUGGAGCUGUGGAGAUCAAAAGAGCUAAUGCCAAAGGUGCCAGAGGAACAGAAAGAACUGAUUUGGGCGAAACCCCAUAUUCAAUUGAAGAGUAUUCUUUUAUUAUUACCGAAAAACUUGCUGCACCAGAGCUUAUUGACCAAAAUGGAGAGUUAAAUUUUGAUCUCAAACUUGAUGAUUUUCCCACCAAAAAAUCUGAUGUCUUCUCCUUUGCAGCUACUGCUGUUAAUUUCUUUCUAAUUAAAAAUGGAGCCAGGUACGACCGUAAUUAUUAUGCUUUUAAAGAUGAGCAAGAAAUGGAUCAAAGCUUACCUAGCAAAUAUGAUGAUAUCCUUAAUAUACUAAAAAAAUUUAAUCUCAAGUUGGCCAACAUCAUUCAUGAGGCUCUUGAUCCAUCUCCUGAGAAAAGACCCAAUAUUGAAGAAAUCCUCGAAUGUCUCAAAAAUGCAGACUGUUGCACCGAAGAUCAAUUCAAAAAGUUUGCUGCAGAAGUUGAAGAGCCUAAAAUGAUUCCUUAUAACAAACGAUCUAAUAAUGAUUCAGGAAACUCGGAUUUUGAAAAAAAUUUCGAAAAAAAGAUUGCGAUUAUUCCUUAA